AUGGCGAACAAAACCGACAUUAGUCCUCCAAAACGCAAAUUCACUGGAUCAGAUACUUCCUCAGAUUCUCCCAAAUGCAAUUGUCUGGAAACUGCCCAGUUAAGAAGUGAUUUUACAUUUUCAGGUUACAUUUCGAAAACAUUCCCCGACCAUGAAAUAGCCUCCAUCGAUUCUCUGGGUAUAUGGAGCUCGCAAAGAGGCAACUACGAUGGUGGUUUCAACUACUUUUACCAAGUUUGCCAAUAUAUGGAGCUUAAUAUGAACUCUCAAGAGUUUCCCACCUCAGCCUUCUUACAUGUGCGAUUCGAUCUCACAAGAUGCUGCCUUGCAUUACUCGAUCCAACCAAAGCGAUAGAUUCUCUCACUCCUUGUUUGAACUGGAGUGUCCCAUAUGGCAUUUGUUUCGGUCAUGAGCUUUGGGAAACUCUAUCCAUAUUAUAUACAUCCGCAAAACGUCUAAAAGAACACAGAACCAAUCUUGACCUUGCUUUCGAAAGUGGGAACUGGUCCGAGGCGAUUCAAACAAUCAACCAGGUAGCUACUACUCGAUUGAAAAACUUCCCAAAUGCAUCCAUCAUGCUACCCGGUCAAUGGAGUUACUGGAAAGCGGAGGCAUUGGCACAAGUUGGAAAAGUUACAGAGUCAAAGGUUGUAAUCUCGUGA